AACACUUUCUGUGGCAUAUUUCCCUCAAAGUUGGUACUUGAGGUUCUGGGCCAACCUCUAGAGGGCAACGGCUGCAUUGACGCUGCCACGUCCACGUGCUAGAAGAAGAUAGACUGACGUCAACACGUCUGAGCAUGCCUACUACGCUCGUACAUAAACAAAGGCAGGACGCAAAGGCACUAGUAACUCUGUUCUUCUGUAAUUUUAUAUGCUUACAUUACCGACAAAUUGGGCAGCAACUCAUUUCUGGAAUCAUGGAUAACGCAUUAUUGAUGCGAGUGAGUGUUUUUACCGACCAAGGAGGCAGGAAAUACAUGGAAGAUGUGACCGAGGUCAUAGUGGAGCCCGAGCCGGGGGAAGAUGAGCCGACGUCGGGUGAGCCGGAGGAUAGCAGUAGGGCAGACUGUACCGUCACUUCUCUGGCUGGGGACACGCGCCCAGACUGGACUGGUGAAACUAUGACGUCCCUGCAUGCGCCAGAUGGACCAUGUGAAGCUUUACGAACGGAAGGUCAGAAUAUAUCGGUCGAAUCAUCUUUACAGGGAGGUCAGAGCCCGCCGCAAGCACAGCCGAGCAAUGCGAGCCGUUCCCGCCGUUCGGUCGCGUUCUUCGCAGUGUUUGACGGGCACGGAGGUCGCGAGGCUGCGCAGUUUGCGCGAGAUUAUUUGUGGGAGUUCAUGAAGAAGCAGCGAGGGUUCUGGUCAGACUGUGACCGGGAGGUCUGCUCGGCUAUACGCAAAGGAUUUGUCGCCUGUCAUCAUGCUAUGUGGAAAAAGCUCCCUGAAUGGCCAAAGACCCUUACAGGCCUUCCCAGCACAUCUGGUACUACAGCCAGUGUAGUGGUCAUCCGAGGAAACCGCAUGUAUGUGGCCCACGUUGGGGACUCAGCAGUGGUUCUUGGGGUCCAGGAUGACCCCUCAGACCCAUUCAUCAGAGCUGUGGAAGUCACACAAGACCACAAACCCGAACUACCAAGAGAGAGGGAGCGUAUCGAAGGUCUGGGAGGAAGUGUAAUCAAGAAAUCUGGAGUGAAUCGGGUCGUUUGGAAGAGGCCAAGGCUGAGUCACAAUGGCCCGGUCCGCCGAAGCACUGUCAUUGACCAGAUACCAUUCUUGGCAGUAGCACGAGCUCUAGGUGAUCUGUGGAGCUAUGACUUUUACAGUGGGGAAUUUGUGGUUUCUCCUGAACCAGACACUUGUGUGGUUACCCUUGAUGCCAAAAAGCAUCGCUACAUCGUCCUGGGCAGUGAUGGUCUGUGGAACAUGGUGCCACCUCAAGAGGCUAUCUCCAUGUGUCAGAACAACGAUGAGGCAAUGGCACCAUGUGGGGUAUCAAGUGCCCGGCAGCUGGUCAGCCACGCUCUGCUGCGCUGGCGUCAGCGCAUGUUGCGGGCUGACAACACCAGCGCCAUCGUGAUUGCCCUGCAGGAGUUUGGGAGCUCCCAGGAUACCCUGCACCAUGAGGAGGUGCUACUCGACUUGGCCAAGAUGUCCCAGUGUCCUCCCACCACCAUAUCACGUGCGGAUACUCCGCUCCUUCAGCGCCCUCCAGAAGAAGAUUCUCCCUCUGCCAUGUGUGAACUCCUGCCUACUUUGGAGCGAAGGGAUGGACUAUCAGGAAGUAACACCCUAUACCACAUGAAUCUGUCUGACUCAUUCACUCUGACACCUCUGUGUUCAAACAGUAGCGCUGAGCUGCCCAGUCAGUCCAGUCCCACUGACAGGACAGUUGGCAUUCAGACACCCAACAGCAAAAGAACUAUUGACGGGUCAUCAUCACCAUCAUCAGGCCAGUCGGCUAAGAAAGCUCGUCGUAGGACGGCUGCCAGGCCACCGCUAGUCCAACACAACGCAGAGAAGAAACAGAAGGAAUCCAAUAAUGUAUCGCCCAUUCUCCAGCAGCACAAGACAACUGUGUGUGUGUGCUGAAACAAACACACAGACACAUCAACCUGCUGCUUCCCACUGUCAGCCUCAUCCCCAGUGGCAUCUGUUCACUAUUUUAGCUAUUUUCCUGCACAUUCUCGGAGUUCAAACCAACCUUAAUCUAGGGGCCGUGGGAAGUGCUGUCUUCUUGUCUAGCAGCAGUACAGCACUUGUUUGAAAACAUUAAGGUUUUUAGGAAGAGUCGUCAUAUUCACGAGACGUGUCUUCGUUUCAAAAUCCCUUCCUGAGAUGCUGAUUCUUGUCUUCUACAUAAUCAAAUUGUUGAUGUGUCCUGCUUCAGCUUUCUGGUUACAGUUAUAAAAGAAACAAAUUAGAACUAAUGAGGCAGGUGUAAAUAUUAUGCAUUUUAUAGGUGAGUGCUGAAAAGAAACUGUUUGUUUAAAACAAAUCUAUAUUUUUUAUAUGUUCUUUAAUUGUAUGAUGAUAAAACAUGAAAAUGUAGGUGAGCUCCACCACAGCUUCUAUCUCCUCUCCCUCUCUCCAUAUACUAUUGUGUGCACACCCUGUGUUUAAACAUAUUUAUGUAUUUUUAUUCUUAUAAUUGUACUUUAUCACUGGAGAUUUGUCUUGAAUAUAAACUGAAGGUGCUGCUACAGUCACAAACCAUAAGCUACUACAUUGUGUGUAUUGAUACAAAGAUAUGUGUUAUAAGUGUUGGUAGCAUUUUAUUCUUUGACAGUCUGUAUUUUCCAUAAUACAUCGCCCCUGUGUGGUUUCAAGUGAUGAGUGUUGUUCACUCUUUAAUUGCACCGUGCAUCUUAAGGGACAGAUCCACUCUCUUAAACAUUUUACAAUGUUGUAAUUUGUAAUGAAUCAUUACAGUUUAGUUUGCUGGUGUCUUGACUUCCUGUGAGCCUUUUCUACCCCUUCAUACAUCUGCUAGUGAUUUUCUCUAAUUCCAAUAAUGCCUUUCAACAGUGCUCUGCUGUGCUGAAGCUUUUGCAGGGGUUGUAGUGUCUUUCCUUACAAUGACAGAUUUUUUUUUCCCCCCGUGUUUGCCCAGUGUCCGGGUGGCUGCAAAACAAAGACUUCCUUUGGUUCUGAGGGAUCAACAAAAAACCUGAUGUUUACAAUCAAUGUUGAUGAUUAUUUUGUGCUGCCAUACUUUCUUUGUGGCUAUAGAUAUCACAUUGUCUUUAUUUAGUCGUUGAUUUAUGAGAAUAAGAGGGAUGCUCCAUCAAAAGCAUGUUAGUCCCUACAGACAAGGGGACUGUCUACUUCACCAGUCAACCCUGCUACCUUGAUAAAUCUUGCUUGCAACAAGGCGACUUCUCUUUGCCCUGCUGAGGCUGACUGAGAGGUUUCUUUAGCAUUCUUUUUAUAUAAACCAUUGUCCCUCCAUGCUGUAGCUGCAGUUGUAUUGUUACUGAUGUAUGCACAAGGCUCAUUUGCCAGUAAAUACACUCUAUAUGGUAUUUCUAAGAGAAAUAUUUUUGCACUAUUAUGGUGACCAUAAUUGUCUUUGAUAAGGGAGUUGGUUUUUGUCCUGAAAAUGAAAAUGGUGCCGCUAGGGAUGGAUGAUAUAAUUGGAGUCAAUAAUGAAAAUACAAAGCAAAUGGAGUAUGUUUGGUGGCAAAAAAUAUUUUAACAUGUAGAAGGGAGUCCUCAUUAAGUACUGUUUGUAGAACAUGUCUGAGCCCUCUUUUGUCUCUAAUGGUUUUGUAAACAUGACAGAAACAUUCUUUUCUAUGAGAAAUAUUAAUUGGGAGAGAAAAUAACCAUUACACCAAUAAGACAGAUGCCUCAGUCUUUGUAAAACCUUGUUACAUGAUAAUGUAUUUUCAUUAAGAUAAGUGCAAUUUCUAACAGGAAUUUGUAGCAUUAUGGAUUGGUUUAAAAUAUUGUAUAAUGUUGAUUGACAAUGUUGGAGGGGUUUUAAUGUUCUCGUUUGACACAUUCACUCAGCAAAUACAGUCUGUUACCUGGCUCUAGAUGCCUGUAUGAUUUUUAUUUAGUAUAUAUAAGUAGUCUUAUUUACUCUGUUGACAUCCCUGAUUCAGAUUGCUGUGCUAGCAGCAUAAAUUGCAUGUGUACGGUGUAAAUGUGAAAAACACAUCUGGAAAUUAACCUAUUUAAAUAAAAAUGAAGUAAUUACUAUA